GAGAGGGGGAGGGACGCUGCACUCGGUGACUGUGCCUCCCCCACACAGGCUGGGGCACCCUCCUCCCUCCGACGCAGCGCACAGACCCCAGUCACACACCGCUAUUCUUAUUGCGCAGUUAGGGGCAUUUCUGCAUUGCUAUUGCCAUCAGUGUAGGGGGGGGGGGGAUAAUAACAGCCAUUUCCUUCCAUCAUUUCUUCGUGUGGUGUUUCUCACAGCCAGUGGCUUAGCAUCACCCUCAUCACCUCCUCCUCUCCAUCUUCUGGGAAGCAAGGAAACAGGCAAAGAAAAGGGAGAGGGGGGGGACAAAGGCGGGGGCAAGGGGAGAGUGUGAGGGCCGGGAGUGUGGGGAGUGUGAGGGCCGGGAGUGUGGGGAGCGCAGAGGGGCGGGAAGAAACGCGUGUUCGGAGGAAAGAGGGAGGGAGCGCUCUGUCAGGUGAAAUUCUCACUGAGGGGAAAGCCAGACAUCAGCCACUGCCUGCCCGGGAUACCGUCACACUGAGGGACCGCAGCCCGACACUAUAGCAUGAGGAGACAUGGCGGCUGAGAGAGUCAGGUGCGACACCUGCUCCGUGUGACUGCGAUACAGAGCUGAGCCUUCCCUGACUGGCCCUACUCCCAUACAGAGCUGAGCCUUCCCUGACUGGCCCUACUCCCAUACAGAGCUGAGCCUUCCCUGACUGGCCAUACUCCAUACAGAGCUGAGCCUUCCCUGACUGGCCCUACUCCAUACAGAGCUGAGCCUUCCCUGACUGGCCCUACUCCAUACAGAGCUGAGCCUUCCCUGCCUGGCCAUACUCCAUACAGAGCUGAGCCUUCCCUGACUGGCCAUACUCCCUGACUGGCCCUACUCCAUACAGAGCUGAGCCUUCCCUGACUGGCCCUACUCCCUGACUGGCCCUACUCCAUACAGAGCUGAGCCUUCCCUGACUGGCCCUACUCCCUGCCUGGCCCUACUCCCUGCCUGGCCCUACUCCCUGCCUGGCCCUACUCCCUGCCUGGCCCUACUCCCUGCCUGGCCCUACUCCCUGCCUGGCCCUACUCCCUGCCUGGCCCUACUCCCUGCCUGGCCAUACUCCCUGCCUGGCCAUACUCCAUACACCGGGGGCUUCCCUGCCAUUCACUAUUCGCUUUAUUGGGUGCCCUUCCUUGGGAAGCCAUAACCCCAACCCUUCUGUACCCCCACAGGGAAUGUGCCCCUCACUUAUUUACUUUUGGACAUCCCCAUGGGGCUAAGUACCCUAUGUACAUAACAUUUUCUAUUCACAUGCCCUCCGCUAGCCUCCAUUAGCCGGCUCUCUCUAUCGCUGGGAAACAAGGCGCAAACAUACCCUUCAAAUAGUUGCAGUUUGCAGUCUCCAUGCAGAGAGGAACCCUGUAUUCUUUUGUCACUUCACUCCCCCUUUGCAUGUGUUUUUGUUUUUAGAGGCCCCAGAAAGUUCAUUGUUUCAUUAGCCGCUUAUUGGUUUGGGGGGCUCUGCCCCCCUCGCUUGCAAAAAUGAAACCUCUGGAAAAAUUCUUGAAAAAGCAAAGCUCUCAUCUUUCUGGACCCCGACACCUACACAGAAGGCAGAGCGUCUCCAAAAUCCUGCCUUCUUUCCUGAGGGAUACUCCGGGGGACUCCUCUGGGGGAGAAAGGUGUGAGGAAGAUCCAUCAGGUGGGCCGCCGCCAUCCCAGGACUGCCUGGAACUACCAGAUGGACUUCGGUCCCCUCUUUCUUUUUCUUCAGAUGAACUAUCCCCCUCAGAACCCCUCACACCUCCGCCAGGAUCUGGGGGCUGGACCCUUUCUCCUCCUGGCCCUCUGCUUGCCCCUGAUACCCCUGAGGCUCUACUCGGGAGGGUCCUGGAGCAGCUACUGAGUGCGCCGAGGCUAAAUGAAGCAGCAGAAUUGGCCCUGGACGACUUUAUCCUCACGCAUACGCUAUUUAUGCCGACAGAGGAGCUCCUCCUCCAAUUACAGCAGUACUUCUGCGGCUGCAGCCGAUAUACUACUCCGGCGUGGGAAGGGAGCGACCCUCUUCAGAGGAAGCAGGCUGUACUCUCAUCUCUUUUACACCUCUUGGAUAUUUACAAGGACGCUCUCCAGGAGGAGGAGAGGACAUUCCAGCUAAUCAAGGAUUUCUAUGUCUUGGUGAUGAGGGAUGCCCCGAAUUUCCCACAGCUGGAGGGGAGCGUCAUCCGAUUGCACAGGCUUGUGGAAAGCGCUGAGCUCAGGCUUACAGAUGGCAGUGCCACUCAAUGCUCAAAGCAAGUCAAACCUCUCUUCCGCCAUUUCCGAAGAAUCGACUCCUGCCUGCAGCCACGGGUGGCAUUCAGGGGCUCUGACGAGAUUUUUUGCAGGGUCUACAUGCCUGAUCAUUCGUACGUUACAAUUAGGAGCCGACUUUCUGCUUCUGUCUCUGAUAUCCUGACCUCUGUUUCUGAGAAACUGCAAUAUUCAGAAGAACAGGGGCAGAGAGAGGAACCCCUGAUCCUGGUGGCUGUGACAAGUGCUGGAGACAAGGUUCUGCUGAAGCCAGAUGAUGGCUGUAUCUUUACCACUCUGGGGAUUAAUAGUCACUUGUUCGCCUGCAAUCGGGAGGAGCUGCGCUCUUUGGUUCCCCUUCCAGAGGAAGUUCAACUGCCUCCCGAAGACUCCCAUAUUCACAGGAUUGAGGCAGAAGACUUGGCCAAUCAACUGAGUGCUUUCCACUGGGAACUUUUCAGCUGUGUGCAUGAGCUGGAAUUUAUAGACUAUGUGUUCCACGUGGAGCGAGGACGCAGGGAGACGGCGAAUCUGGAACUUUUGUUGCAGAGGUGCAGUGAGGUGCAGCACUGGGUCAGUACUCAGACUCUGCUCUGCGAGGGGCCAGCACGCCGCACACAACUUCUCAAGAAAUUCAUCAAGACAGCUGCUAUCUGUAAACAAAACCAGGACCUGCUGUCAUUCUUUGCAAUCGUGAUGGGCUUGGAUAAUGGAGCUGUGAGCCGCCUUCGGGUGACAUGGGAAGGUACUAUAGACAGGGCAAGAAAUGCUCGCUGUCAGAAAUUGCCAGGAAAAUGUAAGAACUUGUUCCGAAAGUUUGAGAAUUUGACGGAUCCGUGCCGGAACCACAAAUCCUACCGUGAGAUGGUGUCUCGUAUGCGCCCUCCUGUAAUUCCAUUUAUACCCCUUAUUCUGAAAGAUCUCACUUUUUUACACGAGGGCAGCAAAACCUUCAUUGACGGCCUUGUGAAUGUAGAAAAAAUGCACGCCAUUGCUGAAAAAGUGAGGACUGUGCGAAAAUACCGGAGUAACCAGCUACGGCUGGAUACCGAUGUCUCCCCGACUCAUCUGCAAAAUAAAGCCUACGUGCGCCAGUUCCAAGUUAUCGACAACCAGAACCUGCUGUUUGAGUUGUCCUGCAAACUGGAGCCCAAUACGCAGUGACAGGAAUGAAGGCAGUGGGCAGAUAGUGCAAAGCCUCAGAGAAGAGCAGUGUGAAGGAAACACUGUUCUGCAUUCAGGACAGACCAUAGAUGAACCUGUGCUGUCCUGAUGCUGUGUGUGCAGGGUUGUACAGUAAGCAGAUCAUAACCGGAUCCUAUGUGUGCCCUGCGUUUUUUUACUGAGGACAUGAAAGCCCCUCACCAUCUCCUGACUGCCUGACCUUUGCGUCUACUUCUGGAAAACUAAUGUUGCCACCUAAAAAGGUGAAGUAAAAACUGCAAAAUAUUCUGUUCUAACAAGUUCUGCCCAACAGUCCACAGUUUGGGCUUACAAAAUGGUUUCCUCAACCUGUUCUGUGUUUUAUGGGUGCCUUAGUGUUUGCACCUACCAUAUUGGAAGUCGAAGUAGUACUUCCUCUGUUUCUUCAUUGGACGGUCAGUUCGGGGUAAAACUGCACACUCUUCAAGCCCAAGGGGAAAAGCCCUUGGACAUCACCCUUGUCAAAUGAAAGGGUACACUAAAAAUAUGUUCUACAUUUUUCAGCAGCAUUUGAAGAGGUACAGCUUAGUUAUUUAUAUAGCAUUUAAGUGGGCCUUUUUGGGUAGUGUGUAUGUAUAUGUAUAUAUAUAACAGGCCGGCCUUGAGUUCUCAAUUAUAUGCUGGUCUUACAUCUCCCAGGAUCCUCUGCCCCAGCUGGUUGGGUGCUACAGUACACUGGAAACUGUACCAGCUGGUACUGCCAAUGUUUGGUUGGGUUUUGCAGUUCAGCGAGUGCUGGAGAUUUACAGGUAGACUAUUCUUGCACUAUAGAAACAUGAGAUUAGACUUCUGACACUAGGCUGAGCAUCAUGGGAGUUAGCUUGGCAGCAGCAGAAGAAACGGGUCAGAUGUCUGUAUUUUGGAAAAAAAUAACAUCUGGUACUUAAGGGGUAAGAGAGAAGGUAAAGCUAAAUGAAUAAGUGCUUUGGGGUAUUUUUUUGUAAGUAUAUGAGAUGUACAGCCUGGUCUGUACUAUUUUCUUAAUCAGGAAGUCUAAGGUAGGGCAAUAAUGAGAUAUAUACUCUCCUCUUCCAACGGGUCAUAGACUACAAAACAUACAUAUACAAUUUAUAAAUAUAUAUAUAUAAAUAUAUACAGAGAGAGAAACUGCUGCAGUAUAAAGCAGAAAACACAUUAUUAGCACUAUUCAAAGCAAAUCCCUAAUGUACACGUACGCGUGUAUCUACAUUUAUACCCAGAGGCUUGUUUUGUUUUGGUUUUUUUUUUUUUAUGGAUCUGUGGUUCCAGUUAAAAGUACGGUGAGUAGAUUUCACAUAGAAAGCAACGUUACUAUCGUUCAAACUUGUUAUUUAUAAAGUGCCAAACCUACACACCAGUGUUGUACAAUGGCUGUGUGUGAAUCUGUAUAUGUGCAAGGAAAAUACACUAAUGCGAAACCUAAAAAGGGCUCCGAUUAGGGCUACCAGGUUAUCCAAUGUUGGGGGACUGUUAGCUGAAAUUAAAAAAUGCAGAUACCAGGGCUGAACUGACUGCAAAUGCAUUGUAUGUAUACUGCACUGAUCCCUAGGCAGCCCUGCUGCUAAUAAAUGUCCUCUACGUUUAUAAGCUGGUAACCCUUGCACUGAGAGCUCCUAUCAUUGACUGACUUGGCCUAUGUGCAGAAUGGACAGUGCUUGGACUCUUAACUCCUACCAUUCAGACUAGGCUAUACCUGUAGCCAAUUUAUUACACCAUGUAGCCCAGCCCACGGGCUACCUUGUCUAAUGUAGACUGCCCUCAGGAAACUGUAAAGCCAACCGUGUUUGCUCCGUACUUCUACAGGAGAACUUAUUCCCAUAUUAGCUUUUUAGUAAUAAAUGUCGAUCGGUAGCAUAUGUAAUUUGCUGGAGGGUUUUGCCUAUAACUGCAGGAUAGAAAUCGAUAAAAAGAGGAGUGCCAAUAAAAUCUGCACGUGCCAAGUUCUGCCAAGAUACCUGAUCCUCAUAGAGGAGUCAUAUUGCAUUAGUGUACCUUUAAAAUGGGCCAUAUCUUAAAGAAUUCUGCAGUGCCAAAAUGCAACAAUAAGCACCUUACAUCACAGGGAUGCUCUAGUCUAAAGGUGCCCAUUGAGCCAUUGGGUUACAGUGGUUCCCCUUCAGCCAGGGUGGCAGCGGGAUGCUAAAACUGCCAGAGACUUCCUGUCCCUAUCGCUAUAAAUGACACAUACACACAUUUCUGCACACGUAUAAACAGGGUCCGCCUCUGUGUGUACAGGGACACUUAGCUACAUAGAUCUAUGUAAGUGUAGGAACGUAAUGACAAACGAGUCUGCCGACUUGUCCGCCGAAAGGUCUGAAAACUGAACAAAUGUAAAUAAGUUGCGGUUCUGCUGCAAAGGUUUUGUAUUGAAAGGGACUGUGUUAAUGUUUUUAUAUCUGUAUAUUUUGUUUUUUUUUUGUUCUAUUUUGUUUUUGUAAUGGCAGAAGGUGAAACUUCAGCACUUACCAGGCAGACAAGCCUGGGGACAAACACUGGAGAGGCAAUAAAAGAAAGCACUCAGCGUUUAAAAUA